UUUAACGACGCAGAGCGCCAUCUUGUAAACUUACAGAUAUCUAAAAAUCGUAACGAAAAAGACGACAAUCAUAACCGCGUCACCAGACAUUUAUUUGCACGUACAUUAAGAUCAUACACGAGUGAUAUACUAUCGUUUAACUUCCAGUCAUACGAAUACGUACGAUUCUGUUGAAAUUAUUGAGUAUAAAGUGUGGCUUUAGCUUUACGUAUUCAACAUAGUGGGGGAUAAUUGUAAAACUCGAGUAUGUCUUCGUUGAGUGGCGAUGAGAAUCAAAUUGAGGAGAACGAGCCAGUUAUUUAGCAUGGGAAUGAGUUUACUUCUUGUUUGGAAUUUAGCAAACCCGGCAUUGCGUAUAACUGGCAUUAUCACGAGGUCACGAUAAAUAACCGCCAUUAUUAUCGUCGCUAUAGUGAGAAGAACGAGAUCGGGACGAGCACUUAAAGCACCACUUGCUACACCGAAAAAGACACCCUCCAAGAAAGCUGUUAGGGGUAGGAACACAAGACGAGGGGCUCAGGAAAUUGACACAGUUGAUGAGACUAACACAAUAAUAUUAGAGGAGACUGAUGAUAACAGUGAGACAGGUGAGAAUGGUAUGCAACAAAUAGGUGAAAUAAUGGUUGAACAGUUUGAAGAAGAGACGCCAGUGUUGCAAUCCCAGUUGGAUGAGCCUCAGACAACAGAUAACCUUCAAUGCGGUCAGAGGGAUCAGGAUAUACAAGGGGUACCUGAACUAGAAGCACCACCUCCACCAGUUGUCAGUACAAACACUCCCACAGUCCCAAUUCUAUCCACCCUGAAGACCAAAGAGACAGUCCAGGUUAUGGAGGAUACUGAGGAUACAGUGAUAACUCUAGAGGACAACAGUUUAGAGCAGAUUCUCCAGACAGAGGAUGAUAAUCCUGUGGAUGAGACAAUCAACGGUGUAAAAAUUGAGUCUAAUCAGAUUAUGGACUUUGGAGACGUCAUGAAUACGAUAGUCUCAGCUGACAUUCCAUUGUUAAAUGAAAAACCUGAGGACAACAAAGUUAAGGUCGUCGCUGAGGCAAUGGAUGUAGAGGAUUCAGUGCGACAAAUUUCUGAUGCUGCUGAUGAUUCAUUUGAAAAAAUUGUUGCCGAUGAGAUGGAGGUGGCAGAGAUUAACAAAGAAAUUCCUGAUAUUGUAUCUGAGAAGGGGGAGGGUGUUGCUGUGGUUGAAGGAGAGGUGAAGAAAAUUGAACCUGAUACUGAGGCUGUCUCUGAGGAUGAAUUCCCUUCUGAGGCACCUGCUAAGGAGCCUGAGACAGAGGCUGUAUCAGACGAGGAAUUGCCAGUGGCACCUCCAGCAGACCUGGGUGAAACUGAAUCAGUAUCUGAAGACGAGCUACCCCCAGACAGUGAUAAAAAACGUAAAGCAGCCAAGACAGCUGCCAAAACACCGGAGAGAAAAGUAAAGGCUGAUGUUAGAGCCAAACGUAAAUUGAAUGCGGAUGGAGAGUACGAUCCCAGUUCACCAACAUCAGAGACUAAUGAUGAGACACCAGCGAAAAAACUUGCUCUUGCGGUGGAUACUGAGGCUGGAGAAAAAGCAGAGGUCAAACCAGCAUCACCCAAGAAAAAAAUAUUACCAGAACUUGAUAAAUACUGGAAGGCGGUUAAUGAGGAUCCAUCGGAUUUUACUGGAUGGACAUAUCUCUUGCAAUAUGUUGAUCAAGAGAAUGACGCUGAAGCAGCACGCGAAGCAUACGAGAAAUUUCUCGUGCGUUAUCCCUAUUGCUAUGGUUACUGGCGGAAAUACGCCGAUUACGAGAAGAAGAAAGGAAAUCCGGACAAUGUACAAAAGGUAUUCGAUGAAGGAUUGAAUGCUAUUUCGCUCAGUGUCGACUUGUGGCUACAUUACAUCAUUCAUUGUAAGAGUGUUCAUGAGAAGGACGAGGGCAAGAUGAGGGAGCAAUACGAGAGGGCUAUUCAGGCUUGUGGUUUGGAAUUCAGAUCGGAUCGCCUCUGGGAAAGCUACAUAAAAUGGGAGCAGGAUGGAAAACGUUUGAGUCGAGUCACAGCCCUCUACGACCGUCUCUUAUCAACCCCAACCUUCGGCUACAUGUCACAUUUUCAAACGUUCCAAGAGUUCGUUUCCGCCAAUUCCCCCCAGCGCAUCCUGACCGUCGACGAUUUCCUGGCGAUUCGUGCUGAAGUAAAAGUCCUGUUAAAAUCCGAUGAGACACCAGGAUCAACUCCAGCUGAUGAUGUACCCCCAGGAGAGGAGCCAGCCGCCCAUGAGGUGCCACCAACAGACGAAGAGACCCGUGUCAUACGUGAAAAAAUUAUCAGCACCAGACGCAAAAUGCAUAAGGCCAAUGUCAACGCUGUUUCUGCCAGAUGGAGCUACGAAGAGGGGAUUAAACGCCCCUACUUCCACGUGAAACCCCUUGAAAGAUGUCAAUUGAAGAAUUGGAAGGAGUACCUUGACUUUGAAAUCGAACAAAAGGACCAGGGGAGAAUCAUAAUUUUGUUUGAGCGUUGCCUGAUAGCAUGUGCUUUGUACGAUGAAUUUUGGUUGAGAUUCGUACGAUAUUUGGAAUCACUGACUAGUGACAAUGCCAAUAAAAUUCGAGAUGUCUACUCUAGAGCCUGCACAGUCCAUCACCCGAAGAAACCUAAUCUCCAUCUCCAGUGGGCGACCUUCGAAGAGGGACAGGGAAACUUUGACAAAGCUGCUGAAAUUCUCGAGAACAUUGACAAUGUCAUGCCCAAUAUGCUCCAGGUCGCUUACAGAAGAAUUAAUCUGGAGAGACGAAGAGGAGAACUUGACAAAUCCUGUGCUCUUUACGAGAGCUACAUUACCAACAGCAAGAAUCGAACAAUUGCGAACAAUAUUGCUGUGAAGUACGCGAGGUUCCUAUGUAAAUUCAGAAAUGACAUUGAUAAAGCUGUCAAGGUGCUCUUGAAGGCGACAGACAAAGAUAAGGAUAACCCCAGGCUGUAUCUGCAGUUGAUUGACUUGGGUCUUCAGCGAAAUCCUGUCGACACACAGGAGGUCGUGGGUUACAUGGACUUGUUCAUUGAAAGAGAGCAUGCAGAUCUGGAACAGAGGGUACUGUUUGCUCAGAGGAAGGUCGAGUUCUUGGAAGACUUCAGUACGGACAUCAAACAGGUGCUGAAGGCACAUGAACACUUCCAGAAGUGUAUCAAGCAGGCAAAGGAAAGAAAGAAGUCGAAGAGCGAGGACAGUAAAAUAGAUUUAUCACCACCGAAGAAAGGAAAAACAUCAGACACCUCGAGUGUUCCUCCUCCACCUACCGCGAGUUCUCAAUCGAGCUAUCAGUACAGUAGUUCAACAAGUGGUCCCUACCAGUCACAACAACAAUUCCAAAGUGGCCAGUAUGGAAGCCAAAGUGGAUACCAACAAAGCUAUCAGCAGUAUCCACCACCAUCAGAUCCCAACUACGCUAAUUAUCAGAAUUGGCAAUAUGGACAGAGUGGACCGCAGGCAUAUGGAUCGUACAACCAAUGGGGAUCAUACAACUAUUACUAAUAAAUUUGUGUCAAAAGCUGUUGCACAUGAAUUAUGAACAUUUUAAAAUCACUGUUCAGUGAUAUUAACGAUAAUUGAGAUGGAAGGUUUCAUUGACAUAAGCCCGUUACUCGUGCUUUUACAUUGAAUGUUUAGUAGAAUGAUGAGAACGGAACGAAAAACAAGAAACAUAAAAAAAAAAGAAAUUUUUUCUUAGUUAAUAAUUUUCAUCGAUUAAUUACAAUUAUACGAUUUCAAUUUGGCGCAUUAUCACGGAUAAUUUACUCUAUCCUAUUAUCUUUUUACUUGGAAAAUAUCAAUUCAUUAAUUUUACAUUAGUGAUUUAAACGGUAUAGUCUCUGUCUAGUUCUACAAUGUACCACGAAUCUGCUAAUAAAGUUUUUGGUGAUUCAA